AUAAUGUAUAUGAGGAAUUAUUUUCGGUGUUCUAAGGGCAUGUUUACAUACUUCUUUGGCAUCAGCUGGCGGAGUGGUGGUGGUGCCGUUGCGGUUGCCUCAGCCUGACAGGACCCUCGCAGACAGCAACACCGACACCACAGCUGUUGUCUCGCUGUCAACACCAUCACAUAACAAGUUAGCAACCACAUCAUAACAACCACAACAACAUGAACGGAACGGAAAGCUGCCCGUGAGAAAGGAACGCCAGAAGAAUAUUUGAAGUCAUCUCAAGCUUUCAUUUGCUUCCAUUCUUAUGCACACACAGUCAGGAUGCGGCUGCGGUACUCAUCCAUGGUGUUUGGUGUGGCAGUGUGUUUGGCCACACUAGUGCUGCUCUACCAGGUACUCAGCUUACCUGGAGAGACCAUCUCUCCUGGAGAACAGAAGGAGAUUCUGUCCCUGGAGUCUCGUCUUCACCGCCUGGAAAGCAACAUCCAGUCCAACCAACACACCAUUGCUGAGAUCAAGGCACUUGUCAAACAGCUUAGUAAGACCAAUGCCAGGGCAAACUCCAUCCUUGGCACACAGUUUGGGGCGGGGCCUAACAAGUUUAGCAGGAAUGGCAUAGGGUCAGUAGCAUUGGAGGGAGGCCAGGGUCAGGCAGGAAGGGGCGGCACCUCAGGCCUGCGUCACAUCACCAACAACCUGACUCAUGCCUCGGUGAUGGCAGACGACUGUGUGUUUGCUGUCACUGCCCCGCCAUCUGCUGAUGUACAGAUGGAAAAAGUGUACGAGCUGCUCAAGUUUGACAAUCCGGAUGGUGGUGCAUGGAAGCAGGGGUGGGACAUUGAGUACUCACCUGUACAGUGGACGCCAGACCGCAAGCUGAGAGUGUUUGUGAUGCCACACUCACACAAUGAUCCAGGCUGGAUCAAGACCCUGGAUCAGUAUUACCACGACCAGACACGCCACAUUCUUGACCACAUGGUCGAGAAACUUCCUCUGGAUGAGCGCCGCAAGUUUAUAUGGGCAGAGAUGUCAUAUUUAUCCAUGUGGUGGGAGAAGCAGUCUGAGACUGUCAGGGAGAAAGUGAGACGGCUGGUGGAGCGAGGCCAGCUGGAGAUAGUGACUGGAGGCUGGGUAAUGAGUGACGAGGCCAACACACACUACUUUGCCAUGCUGGAGCAAAUGAUGGAGGGACAUGAAUGGCUCAAGCUCAAUGUUGGAGUAAAGCCAAACAAUGGGUGGGCCAAUGAUCCUUUUGGCAUGAGCCCCACGCUGGCAUACCUGCUCAAGCGAAUGGGUCUAGAGAACAUGGUGAUCCAGCGUGCCCACUACUCUAUCAAGAAGCACCUGGCCAAGGAACGCAGCCUGGAGUUCAGAUGGAGACAGGAUUGGGAUCCUGGCACCACCACUGAGAUCCUGGCACACCUCAUGCCCUUCUACAGCUAUGAUGUACCCCAUACCUGCGGCCCUGACCCCAAGGUGUGCUGCCAGUUUGACUUUGGUCGCUUACCUGGCUCAGGCAUCACUUGUCCCUGGCGGGUUCCCCCACAGCCCAUCAAUGAGCACAACGUCCAUUCCAGAGCCAUGCUGCUGUUGGACCAAUACCGACGCAAGGCUCAGCUCUUCCGCACCAACACCUUGCUGGUUCCUCUCGGUGAUGACUUCCGCUAUGCUCGAGCUGAAGAAUGGGACCAGCAGUACACUAACUAUCAGCGGCUGUUUGACUACUUUAACUCCCAGCCUGACCUGCAUGUGGAGGCACAGUUUGGCACACUGGCAGACUACUUCCGGGCGCUGCGUGAGGAGGCAGAGAGUGGUGCUGGAGGGACAGAGGAGCAGCCAUUCUUUCCCUCUUUAUCUGGCGACUUCUUCACUUAUGCAGACCGUGAUGACCAUUACUGGAGUGGCUACUACACCUCCAGACCAUUUUACAAGAGCAUGGAUCGCCUGCUGGAGGGGUACUUGAGAGGUGCUGAGAUAAUAUUCUCCCUGGCACUGGCAUCCCAGAGUGCAUCAGUCAACACUCCCCCAGCUGGCAUGAUGGAAGCCCUGAUUGCACGGCUGGUGGCAGCACGCCGUAACCUGGCACUCUUCCAGCACCAUGAUGGCAUCACGGGCACUGCCAAAGACCAUGUGGUGACUGACUAUGCCCUGAGACUUGUGAGGAGUGUGGAUGACUGCCAGCACAUCAUCCAGCAGUCAGCUCACUACCUUCUCUCUAUUGACCAGCGUGCAUACAAGGCCAGUCCAGAAACAGUUUACUUUGAGCUGGGCGAGAAGUUUACUGAACACACACAACCGCCUUCACGCAUGGUGCUGGGCCUGCAGGAAGGUGUGGUGGUGACAGCAGUGGUGUACAACUCAGUCCCUCACAGACGCAUUCAGCUGCUCACUGUCCGCACAUCAUCUCCAUAUGUGCAGAUUGUUGGGCCCAAGGACACGCCAGUACUGUGCCAGAUUGAUCCAGUGCUCCUCAAGUGGGGAGAGGCAGCAUCUACCAUGUAUGAUGUCACUUUCCUGGUGGACAUUCCUGGACUCUCCCUUGCCUCGUACAACAUCCAUGCUGUUAAUUCUGAUAAGCUGAAGAAGGACUUGGUGGUCUAUGGACAUGUGUUGGUGAGUGGCCACAACAUUCCAUCUUUCCCAUCCGUCUUCACUGUGGAGGAGCUGAAGGGAGAUGAACCCAUACUGCUAGAGGGUGGACAGCUCAGUGCCACCUUUGGCUCCCACGGCCUCUUACAGUCUGUGGUGUCUCAGGGUCGGCAGAUGAAUGUUAAACUGGAGUUCAUUAAGUAUGGAGUGAAAAAACACCGUGAGACCAGUGGGGCUUACUUGUUCCUGCCAGACAAAGAGGCAGAGGUGGUGCCCAGCAAUGGUGACGGAGUGGUUGUGGUGAAGGGGCCUCUCCGCUCCAGCCUCACCAAACAGCACAAAUAUGUUCUUCAUUCUGUAUACCUAGCUAAUUCUCCUGGUGUGGACGGCCUGAGCCUGGAGGUGCACAACGUGGUGGAUAUCACACCUGAGCGCAACAUUGAGCUGGGGAUGAGAUUGUCUUCUGAUGUUGAUAAUGGAGACACCUUCUACACUGACCUGAACGGCUUCCAGAUGAUAAAGCGAGUGCAUCAUGACAAGCUCCCACUACAAGGAAACUACUACCCCAUCCCAUCACAAGCCUUCAUUCAAGACCAGCAGUCCCGCCUCUCCCUCCUGUCUGCUCAGCCAGUGGGUGGAUCAUCACUCAAGGCAGGACAGCUGGAGGUGAUGAUGGACCGGCGUUUGAGUCAAGAUGACAACAGAGGCUUGGGCCAGGGUGUGCUGGACAAUGUGCCUACACCUAAUGUGUUCAGAGUGUUGCUGGAGCCUCGUUUGUUCCCAAAGGAGUCCAGUGCAGGCCAGGGUAUGCCUCCAGCCUUCCCGUCCUUGCUGUCCCAUGCCACCUCUCACUCCCUGCUGUAUCCACUGUAUCUCCUGCUGCCCACUGACAAGACCGGAGCCAUGCAGAUGCAGUCACACUGGAAUAUCACAGGAGAGCUUCCCUGCGACGUGCACCUAGUCACCCUUCGCACUAUGCUACAGUUCCCCCACUCCACCAUCCCUCUUGGCAAGGAGCCUGCCAGCACUUCUCACUUGUCCACCCACUCUCCCAGCCCACUCAAUUCCCUCAUCCUUCACAGACUUGGCUUUGAUUGUGCUUUUAAAUCUCCGGGCCUUUCCUGCUCUACUAAUGGUGGGAAGGUACGUUUGUCAGACCUCUUCCCAAGUUUGUUCGGGGAGCGUGUGCACCAAAUGUCCCUCUCCAUGCUAUAUGAGGGAGUGGACAUGACCAAGUCCUACACACUCUCCCUCCAGCCCAUGGAAGUCUAUGCCUUACAACUCUCCCGCAGUUAGUUCCUCCUUUCCUUCCUUUCUUGCAUUCCUAUCUAUUCCAUAAUUGUAUACUCCGGGGUUGCUACCUGUGCCAAUUUGAUUGUUGUUAUUAUUUAUGAAUUAUCCUUCAAAUGUCACAAUCUUAAAUGUUUUACUUCAUUGUUGAAUCUAUGAAAAGCUUAUUUUAUUAUAAUUUAAUUUACCUUCAAUUUUUUUCCAGAGUUUUAAUUAGACAACUUGUGGAAUGUUGCCUACUUUUGUUUAGGUACCUCUUGAGCUGGUAUGGAAACAGAGAGAGAGAGAGAGAGAGAGAGAGAGAGAGAGAGAGAGAGAGAGAGAGCGAGCGAGCAACUGUACUAUCUCCCUCAUCCUACCGUACAUUUUUAUAUUUGCUUCCCCUUUACAAGUUGCUAGAAGGUUUGGGUGUAGAUACUUGGUGAUUUUUAAGAAUGAUCUAUUUUUAUCUUAUUUUUGGUUUA